AUGGAGCCGAGCUGCGCAGCCCUCCCCACACCGGAGAAAAAAAAAACGUUUUUGUCCAAAUGGGCCGUUUUCAACUACCAUCAUAAUUUGACUCACAAAGACAAAGUUAAACAGAGGGCCAAACAUAGGUCCAUUUUCAACUACCAUCAUAAUUUGACUCACAAAGACAAAGUUAAACAGAGGGCCAAACAUAGGUCCAUUUUCAACUACCAUCAUAAUUUGACUCACAAAGACAAAGUUAAACAGAGGGCCAAACAUAGGUCCAUUUUCAACUACCAUCAUAAUUUGGCUCACAAAGACAAAGUUAAACGGAGGGCCAUUUUCAACUACCAUCAUAAUUUGGCUCACAAAGACAAAGUUAAACGGAGGGCCAUUUUCAACUACCAUCAUAAUUUGGCUCACAAAGACAAAGUUAGACGGAGGGCCGUUUUCAACUACCAUCAGAAUUUGGCUCAUCAAGACAAAAUGAAAGAGUUGAGUAGAAAGAAAUACCUUAAUGUUAAACAUAAGACAUGUUUAAUAGAAAGUAUCCAGCAUAAAAGAAUGCUGAUUAAAGUAAAUUCACAAAACUUUGAUUUUGUUGUAGAUCAGUUUUUAGAGAAGGUGAAAGAUGGACCUGAUUUUGUGUGUUGUGUCUGCUCACGGUUGUUGUUUAGACAUCAGGUCUUAAAUUUUAAUCAAGAAUACUAUAGAAAAACCAAAGAAAUGUCACUUAUAGCAGAUAAAUGUAUAAGUGACAAUCAUCUACACAAAUGCAAUGAUGCGUGUAGAUUACCUUGCAAAUUGAAUGUAUGUAGAAAUAAACUGUACAUCUGUUACACGUGUCAUUAUAAAAUUAGUAAAUGUCAGAUACCCCCAGAAAGUUCAAUCAACAGGCUGACUGUUGAUCCCAUCCCACCUCAACUGGCAUGUUUAAAUACAUUAGAGCAACAUUUAAUAGCGAUGAAUAUACCAUUUAUGAAAAUGUUGGCUCUGCCCAAAGGUGGUCAGAAUGGGGUUCAUGGCCCGAUAUGUUGUGUUCCUGCAAAUAUAGUGGAAACGUGCAGUUUGUUACCACGUACCAACAUGGAGGGGUCUUUAUUACCUGUAAAGUUAAAGCGUAAAUUGACAUAUAAAGGACACUAUGAUUAUCAGUAUGUUGACACACAGCAUGUUCAGGAAGCUCUUCAGUAUUUAAAACAUCAUAAUUUGCAUUACAAAGAUGUAGAGUUCAAUGAGUCUUGGAUUAACACUUUUACUCAGGAAGAUGAGUCAUCGGUCUUGGAAGACGAUAGUGGUUCUAGUAAAGAUGAAGAUACUUGCAUAGAUGGAGAAGAUGAGUUAUUGCAUGACAGACAACAGCACUGUAUGUUUCAGGACACCUGUCUCAUGCCAGUAGAUAUAGGACAAGAAGCAUUGGACCAGUAUGUGGAUAACAUAUUAAAUUUAGCUCCAGGUGAAGGUAACAAUCCAGUGAAAUUGCUUUCAGAUUUUACAAAUGAAGCAAAAUGUUUUCCCGUCUUGUUUCCUUCAGGAUCGAAUACUUACUAUGAAAGCAGACAAUUUCGUUUGACUCUGAAUCGGUAUUUCAACAACAGGCUUCUUCAUGUCGAUGGUCGAUUUGCUAACAAUGUAGAAUAUAUAUUUUUUGCACAGUACAUGUCUGAACUAGAGCAAGUUGUGUCCAAAGUUUCUAUAGCUUUGCGUAAAGGUAAAAGCGGUGAAUCUCAGAAGUUGGGUAAUUUGAUACAGGAUCAGGAUUCUUUGAAUAAGCUGUUAGAGUUUGAUGAUGGCUACCGGUUUCUUAAACCAAUUCGCGGCACACCUGCUUUUUGGCAAUCUGCACAGCGAGACCUCCUGGCCUGUGUAAAAAUGUUGGGCAAACCUACUUGGUUCGCAUCAUUUUCGUCGGCAGAUUUGAGGUGGACUAACCUUCUUUAUAGUAUUUUGAAACAGGAAGGCAGAACAGAGACAGUGGAACAGCUGGAGUGGGCUGAUAAAUGUGACCUCCUACGUAGGAAUCCAGUAACUGCUGCCCGAAUGUUUGAUUUUAGAUGGCAUGUCUUCUUAAGGGAAGUGCUAAUGUCUCCUGCCAAUCCCAUUGGUAAAAUAGAAGAUUAUUAUUAUCGUGUUGAGUUCCAGCAGCGUGGUUCUCCUCACUGUCAUUGCCUUUUCUGGGUUUCUGGUGCUCCCAUUUUAGAUAAGAACACAGAUGAGGAGGUCAUUGCAUUUGUUGAUGAAUAUGUGACAUGUGAACUUCCUUCUGAAGACGAUUCACUACAUGAAGUUGUCUCAUCUGUCCAGCAGCACUCCAAACGGCAUUCAAAGACUUGUAGAAAGAAAAAAACUGUUUGUCGUUUUAAUUUUCCACGACCCGCAUCUGUUAGAACUUUUAUUAGCCGCGGUGAAAAGUAUCAAGAUGCAGUGAAGAGUUGCAAGUGUGAUAAAACAGAUAGCACUGUACAGUGUGCCUGUGCGUCUCAAGAUAAAGGUCGUAAACAGGAAAUGGACAAAGAAGUAGCAAGUGCCAUUUUAACUAAAGUGAAGACUGCUAUUUCUAGUGAAGACUGUCCAUAUAACAGUGUAGAAGGUCUGUUUCAGGGCCUAGGUAUCAGUCAGGAACUAUUUGAAAUGGCAUAUAAACGAUUUAGUCGAAAUACACAUGUUGUUUUGAAAAGGGAAGUUAAUGAAAUCUGGAUUAAUCAGUAUAGCAAGUUGCUGUUAAAAGCUUGGAAUGCUAAUCUUGAUAGCCAGUAUUGCGUCGAUGCUUAUGCGUGCUGUGUAUACAUAAUAUCAUACAUGUCUAAAAGUGAACGGGAAAUUGGCCUUCUGCUUGCUAAUUCUCAAAGAGAAGCAGCCAAAGAUGGUAAUCUUAGUGCAAAAGAGGCCUUGAAGAGUCUUGGCAAUGUUUAUCUUCAUAAUCGGGAUGUUUGUGCGCAGGAAGCAGUCUACAGGCUAACUAACAUGCAUCUAAAGGAGUGUUCAAGGAAAGUUGUGUUUGUUCCCACCGGUGAUAAUAUAGUGAAAAUGAGUUUGCCUAUUUCUGUUUUGAAGCAAAAAGCAGCAUCACAGGAUCUUACUUCAGAUGACAUGUGGAUGACCGGAUUAGUUGAUCGUUAUAAGAAGAGGCCAAAUGAUGAUGUGUUCAAUGAUAUGUGCCUGGCUACGUUUGCAUCAGAAUAUCGUGUUUUGAGUAAAAACGAAAAAUGUAGAAAUCCUAUAAAGUUAAGUAAUGAUUUAGGAUUUGUUACAAAAAGAACUCGGACUAAACCAGCGGUUGUUCGUUACGCGCGUUUCUCUGAAACCAAAGACCCAGAGAAAUUUUUUCAAAGCAUGUUGCAGUUGUUUUUACCGUACCGCCAUGAUAGUCAACUUAAGCUUAACUGUGAAACUUUUGAGGAAUUUUACAGAACUGGUUUAAUUAGAUUUUUUGAUGGAACAAACCACUCUGUAAAGGCUGUUGUAGAUUUAAAUCGGAGUAAAUUUGAGUUAGAAUCUGAUCAUUUGGAUGCUGUGAAUAAUCUAGUCGGUGAUGUAAUGUUAGAAGAUGCAUGGUGUGAGUUGUGUCCGGCAGUUGAAAUGGAACGUUUGGAGUGUGUUGAAAUACUGAAAGAAUCAGAACCGACAGUAAGUGACGAGGCAGAAGUAAUCCCAGAUUUGGCUCCAUGUUCAAACCAAACUGCACAUUUAGAGAAGAGAAACACGAUGAGUAGAGGUGAAGGUCUGGCAUUGAUUAGGUCUUUAAAUGAAAAACAGUUUUCUGUUUUUAAUCAAAUCAGGCAGUGGUGUGUAGAUAAAGUUAAUGGUAAUAACCCUGAACCGCUGCAUGUUUUUGUUACAGGCGGGGCGGGCGUUGGGAAAAGUCAUUUAAUUCGAGCAAUUGAGUAUGAAACGCAGAGAUUACUGUCACCAAGCUGUAGACAUCCUGAUAAUGCAUGUGUAGUAUUGGCAGCUCCUACUGGGAUUGCAGCAUAUAAUUUAGGUGCAACAACAAUCCACACUACACUGUCUAUAGGAAAGGAUGUACGCUUACCGUACACUCCUCUGGGUGAAGAAAAACUAAAUUCUUUACGUACAAAAUAUUGUGAUCUGCAGCUCCUUAUUAUUGAUGAAAUAUCAAUGGUAGAUCAUAACCUGUUGUCCUAUGUUCAUGGUAGAUUACGUCAAAUUAAACAAACGGGUGAUUUUUCACCUUUUGGAAAUGUCAGUGUAGUGGCUGUUGGAGAUUUCUUCCAGCUACCUCCUGUUAAAGGGAAGCCACUCUAUUCUGAUGGUGUAGGUAGCAACUUAUGGUCAAGCCUAUUUAAAGUUGUACAGUUAACUGAAGUCGUUAGACAGAAAGAUGCUGUGUUUUCUGGACUGCUAAAUAGAAUCAGAACUCAUACAAAAGGUACACCAUUAUUACCUGAGGAUUUAAAGGUUUUAAAAACGUGUGAAACCGGUGAGGCAAGCUCAGCAUUGCACAUAUUUGCAACAAAUAAUCAAGUAAAUAAUCACAACAUCCAUCAGUUAUGUCACGUUUGUCCUGAUUACAUAUCAAUUACAGCCAAAGAUUAUGUUAAUGAUAAAAGAACAGGCAAACUGAAGUUGUUGGAAGGGAAUCAUGCCAGAGCUUCUAAUACUAACUUGUCAGAAGUGUUACAGUUGGGGAAGGGUGCUCGUGUAAUGUUGUGUAAAAAUGUGGAUCUCAAUGACGGUUUGGUAAACGGAAUUUGUGGUACAUUGACAGAAAUGGUAAUGUUAGAAAAUGACACCUUUCCUAAAAAGGUUUAUGUUCAGUUUGAUGACCAUCGUGUCGGCUUGCAGAGGAGGAAAACCUCCCAGUCUCUGUCAGCAAAUUUAGCUGGAUCUACACCUAUUGAACCCGAGGAGGAAAGAGCCACUGUUAAAGGUGGAUUACGUCGACAAUUUCCUCUUAAAUUAGCUUGGGCGGUUACGGUUCAUAAAGUUCAGGGACUCACUCUUGAAAACGCCGUUGUUAGUUUUAGGAAAAUAUUUGCACCAGGUCAAGCAUACGUAGCACUUAGCCGUGUAACAAGUCUUUCAGGGCUCACAAUUCAGGACUUUGAUGAAAAACGAAUCUAUUGUAAAGAUGACAUUACAGUUGCAGUUAGUAAUAUGACACCUUUUUUGACUCCAAACUCACAGUUCGACAGAUUUAACUCUUCUGCAUUCACUGUGUUUUUAAUGAAUGUCCAAAGUCUGAAUCGACACGUUAAAGACUUAGCUUUCUGCACACAGCAUUUGCAACCUAAUUGCAUUGCUGUCACAGAAACAUGGGUAUCUACAGACAGAUCAGAUGCAGUACAGAUUGAUGGCUAUAGUUUUUACAACUGCCCACGAGGUUUAGCUUAUUCUAGUACCCAUGAGUCUUUGAUUGCUUUUCAAGAACAACAACAUGGUGGUGUUGGCUUUUAUACUGCAGAUGGUGUGGCAUUUAAAAUGUUGCAGGCUCCAGACGUCAACUUGGAGAGUUUAGUGUAUAACUUUGUUAACUUACACAUAGUACUUGGACUCAUUUAUCGACCUCCUUUGUAUCCCCUUUCUUUGUUUAAAGUAAAUUUAACAAAGUUGCUUGAUUGGCUGGAGGUACAAAGUGAGAAGUGUUACAUUCGCAAACUAUUUCGCUGUCGUGAGAGCAACGAAGGGGGUAAUAACGCGCGGAACGUUUUGGUGUCGUGCAUUUGUCAUGGCACUAGAAUUUCGGGUGUGGUGCAGCACCACGCCUAUGGUUCAAAUCCCUGUGUUGCCCUGCUAAUUGUGUUGAUCAGUGGAAAAAACUAUUAUUCAAAAAGGACAACUGAUAAGAUCACACCCAUGGGCAUUUCUAGCCUGCUUUUCCUCUACUCUGAGCCUUCCUGA